ACUUUGUAAUACAUACUUUUUUUAAAACGACAUUCUUCCAAUAUAAAUAUAUAAAGUGUAAUUAUAUCAACAAAAUAGAUAUGAAAUAACUUUUGAGACAUAUCUUCUAUCAGCAGGCGCUAUUAAAUAGAAAAACGAUUAACGAGUACAAUAAUAUAAUGUUUUAUAUUUUAUAGAAAGAAUAAUCAUUAUUCUUUCUAUUUCUUUUUCUUCUUUGUCUUCUUUAUAGUAUUAAUUCUAGAAAUAUUCAAAUUCAGCGGUUACGUAGCCAUAUUGAUUUUUAGUUCGAUCAACGUCAUAUUUAGCGCGAGUGUUUUAAAUUUUCAAUAUUGAGUUUCCAGUGUACUUCCAUAUGAUUGGACCUUAUUAUUAAAGGACUAGUAGUCUUUGUAAUGUGACAGGAAGUAGUAAAUUUUUUAUUUAAAAUGUCAAAUUUUUAUCUAAACUAUUUUAAAACGUAAACGAUUAAUUUCCAAUUCUUCUGGAAAGUGAUUUAUCUCGAAAAAGUUCAUCGACGUUCGACUUGUAUUCGUAAUGGCGCUACUUGCUCGUUAAAUUUCGCACUUUCUUCGUUUCUAGGGAUUCUAGUGUGUAUGCGCCUUCCAUUCUAAACGAAAUUCUCUGCAAUCUCGUAGUAUCCUCUCUACGUGUAGUCAUAAUUGUGUGCCUGUGUGUACUGUGCCGCUGACAAUGAGCAGCAGCGGCAGUGGCUGUGAUAAGUGAUCGUGUGUCCUUCCCUGUCGUGUUAAACGCGUAGUGGCAGUGGAGAAAGAUACUACGUCGAUCGAGGAAAGAGUGUACCUCUUGAUGACUCGUGUUUUACGUGGCGCGCAGCGUAGUCGGAGUUUACAAUUAUGUUUGAUGUACCGCCCAAGUUUUACGAGCUGUGUCGCCUUUGUUUAUCGUCGGACGGUGUCAAAUUGUCCAUAUUCGAGGAGGAAGGCGCCCAGCGAAAUUUCGCCGAUAAGAUAUUAACUUGUCUCUCAAUCACGGUAAAAGACGGUGAUUCUUUACCACCAAUCAUAUGUCACCGAUGUGUAUACAAGUUAGAUGUACUACAUAAUUUUCGUGAAGUCUCGCAUAAAUCUGAUGUCAUAUUGAAACAGUACCUGGAUUAUGCCAAGCAAUUAUCAUCUAAUGAUAAUCAGAAAAAAUCUUUCUCCACUGCCAAAAUAGCAGGAUUAAAUCCAGUACAAUCUUUUAUUCAAUUAAAUAAAACGUUAUUUAAUGAGGAACCAAAUUCUCCAGCCAGCAUUAAUCAAAACAUAAUACCUCAAACGCAAACACACAGAUUAGAGCUGCGUACAAAUGAAGUAUUAGAAAAUGAUAAUAUUAAAUGUGAACCAGAGGAUGAUACGUGUUCUUAUAGUUCAGAUCCAGAUAGACUCGAAAUUGAGGAUCGGGAUGAGCAAGAAACUGAAGGUGAAGAAAAUGGUUAUGAUAUGACAAUUAAUAAACGAUUAAAAUUGGAAAAUAAUUAUGAAAAUUCCAAACCAAAUACACCUGAUCAUAGUCCAGUUAAUAGGAUGGAUACACCAGAGAGCAAUUGUUCAGAUACGCAUAUUGACCAAGAAACUACAAAGCUGUGGCAAGCCCUUGCGAAUAAUAGGAAUUUGGAAAUAACACGAACAAAAGGAGAUAAAUUAAAUAAUGGUUUUACUGGAGAAGCGACUAAUUUGCUUCGAUCUUUAAUCAAAAAUAGACAAAUCGGUAUUACUGCUGUCGAUUCUGAUAGAAUAUCCACACAAAUAAGAUUUUAUAGGGACACUCAAGGAACUACAAUCGAACAUUCAUUACCUGAUUCUUCUGUACUUGGGAAUUGUACCACUAUGCCGUGCAUAGAAAACAAAAUUACUUCUAUGGACAGUAAUCCAUCCAGUCCAGCUAGUAUUGGACGAAAAGAAACGAAAGGUCGAAGAAAGCAAAGUUAUCCUAGUAAAGCUCCAACAAGCCCAGAUACUGCUAAUUAUCAACAUGAAUCUAGUGAAGAACAAGCACAAGAUUUUACCGCAUGGUCACAUAAAAUGAAAGGAAAAGUUGAAGAUCAAAAACAACAAUUUGAUCAGCAAACCGGUAAUAUCACAAAAAAAGUUGAUAUGUCUUGCACAAAUUGUGGUACCAUGACUACAACAAUCUGGCGAAGAAAUAUGAAAGGUGAAAUGGUUUGUAAUGCGUGUGGACUUUAUUACAAACUUCAUGGAGUUAAUCGUCCAGUUACUAUGCGAAGAGACACGAUACACACACGUAGACGCAGACCUAAAGGCGAAAAACCAACACGACAUAGAAAGAAAGGAGAUACGGCGGUAAUACCACCACAAUCUGAGCAAAUGGAUUCUGAAAGCGCUGAUAUGCUAGCAGCUUUGCGUCGACAAAUUCAACCUCAUCUCAUGAUGGCAGCAUUAACGCCACCACGUAUACCUGGCAAUCACGGUCCACCAGCUGGUCAACUUAAUUAUUCACUUCCUUUGUCUAGUUAUAUGAUGCAUCAUGUGAAAACUGAAGCUCAAGAACAACAACAAUGUCUUUCGGUAAAGACUGAAGAGAUAGAGGACGGAGAUGAAGAAAAUGUUUCGGAUGUACCAUUAAAUCUGGUUGCGACGUCAUUAGCCGAAGAUACGCAUUGAGAAAGUUUUAGUUUUUUUUUUUUUUCUUUUCUUCUAUUUUUUUUUUUCUCUCUCUCUCUCUCUCUCUCUCUCUCUCUUUUGAAGACAUCGUUAUUAGGUAUACAUAAGAAAGAAUCUCUAGGCAGUAUGAUCGACCCAGUGGUACACGAGGCGUAGAAAUUUUACGCCUUAUCUGUCAACAUAUUUAAUUAUUAUAGCUAUUUUUGUAGCUAUUCCCUCAUCUCUUCGCUCUUUAUGUCUCGAAAAAUUGAGAUGAUAUACAGUUGAGGUAUUUUUUUGAGCUAUCAGGCCCGUGGUACAGAGCGUGUGAAGGUAUAAUGAUAUUAAGCACACAGUAUUAAUUAAAUGAUUACUCAAAAUGUACAUAUAUAUAUACAUAUAUACAUAUAUGUAUUUGAAUAUGAAUAUUUUUAUACAAAAUUUUCUAUGCUUUCGACUGGAGAGCGACGGGUGAUCAUUGUACAUAUGUGCAUAAAUUGUUCUUUCGAUGUGCAUGUACUUUUGCGUACAUAAAGCUAAUCGUUGUCUGUUUUAAAAGCAAGAAUAGAACUCGAUUGCCAGUAAAAUAGUAUUAAACGGUGCUAGAUUACUGUGCAAGUAGUUUCAAAUGAAUAUGUUUGAAGAAACUGAUUAAUAAAAAGAUCUUAACGUUUUGUUCCACGGGCUUUUGGUUGCAAAUGACAUAAUAACCAUAAUACUCUCGUUGUUUUAUAUUACAGUAAGCUUUUUAUGAACAGCCCCGUUGAAUUUUACUAGUGUAUAAAAUUGUAUUUUUUAAUAUGCUUUAGUAAUGUAUAAGUAUGUCCUAUUUAAAACAGAAUUAGAAAAAAGAAACAAAUAGUACGUAAAAGGGAAACGUUCAUUCGGGUAUUUAAAUUCAUGAAAUUACAUGCCAGUAUCGUGUCAAAUAUUACGCGUUCUAUGUUUCUCAUAGAGACUUAUAUUUUCUAUUCUCUUAUAUCUUCUUUAAUUGACAAGUAUAAAGAAGUUACAUGCAGAAGAUUUAUGCAAACACGAUACUGCCGACGUAAAUGCUAUUAAUAGUUUACUUCCUCGUUUUUACUUCCUAUGUCAAAACGCUUCUCAACUGCCACAGUACACAGUUGAAUCAAUUUGUACUUAACAAAGAAAAUAGUACACGACCAUAUAAGCUAAGACUCUAAAAGCAAUAAGAACAUCCUAUGGAUGCGGUAUAGAUUGUUGUCUUACAAUAACAUUACCUGUUGACACGCUCUCUUUUUCUCGACAUUGAUCGAAAAUGUUCAAAAUCUUCGCGAAAUAAUAUAUGAAUAGCAUUCGUUUAUAUGUCGAAAAUUAAGAAUAAAUUCUAUUGCUCCACUGCUAGUAUGGCUGUGUUUAUAAAGCUUAAUAGAUCUUGAUAAUUUGCGUUUGCAGUUUUUCUCUUUUUAUUUUUCUUCUUUCUUUCUUUCUUUCUUUCUUUCUUUCUUUCUUUUUCUUUCUUUUUUUAUUCUUUUUUUAUUUUCUUUUUUUAAAUUUUUUAAUUGUUUUUUCUUAAUAAAUAAAAGAACAUAAGCAGUUUUAUAGUAUGAUAGAGAUGUUUGUGGUAUGGUUUAUUCUAAUUAUUUGCUCUUUCUAUUUUUUAAGAGUUAUUGCCGAUCUACUUUUUGCAAGAUUGUACAGAUAAGGUAUUAGCAACAGAUAUUAAGCUGUUUUUAAUAGAGCAUAAUAUUAUGGCCAAUGCAUCUACUUAUAUAUUGUUAUACUUGACAUCGUAUACCUAAACAACUUUGCCAAAAAUAGAUUUAGUCCGUGUAACAUAGAAUAUAGGUAAGAGAAUACAACAAAAAUUAACAUGUUAUUUCUCAUACUACAUAAAGUCACACAUAUACACUUUUAUAUUUCUUUUUGCGAGCUUUUUUUCAAUCAGCAAUAAUUCUUAACAAACUUAUGACGGAGUAAGAGAUCGCUAUAAUAGUAUGUGGAGCAAUUAGGUUUAGUAAUUAUCAAAGGAGCCUUAUAAACGCGUAAGCGUAUUACAAAUAUAUUCUAUAUUAACGUAUAAAUACGAAUAUGUAAGACCGAUACAAUAGUAAAGGACAGUGCUACAUAAAUAAAAAUCCAAUACAUCAAAAGAUAUAAAACAUGCCCUUAACAAUAUAAACACAGGUACAAGAAAUUUACAUCUUAAAACAAUUUGUGUCAAUUUUUAGAAUAACUAAUGAAAGGGCAUGUCAAAGAAUACAAUUUGUGUAGUACUGUCAAAUAGUAAAUAAUAAAGCACAAAUAGUGCGAGUAUCGGAGGAAUAGAUAUAAAUACUAAUAAGAAUUUUUUCCAAGUGAUCAGAAUCUUAGAUCAUAGAAUCUCUUUUUGAAGUAUGUUUUCUUUUUUUCUUCUUCUUCUUCUUUUUUUUUUUCACUUUUCAUUUUUAUCAUAUUUAAUAUCCUUUUCUUGAAAACUAUCAAGGGAGUCACGUAUCUUUCAAACGAACGUAUUAUUAUAUCUUUUGUGCAUAUAUUAUACAUUUGCUUAAAAAUUUUUCUCCAGUUAAUUCUUAAAAUUCAUUUUUAUGAAUUAUUGUAACAUUUAUUACAAUUAUAAACAAAUACGUUGUAAGAAUAUGUUACACGAUUUUUAUUAUGUAUAAUAAUAAUUAUAUAUAAUAAAUUAGUGUAUAUAUAUAUAUAUAUAUAUAUAUAUAUAUAUAUACACUAUUUAUUUUUAUUAUAUACAAAAUGUUUACUUAAUAUACAUAAAUUUGUUAAAACAAAUGCGUUAAAAGAUACGUGUCAACUUCUUGUUUUCAUAUUUAUGUGAAAAGUAAAGUUGAUAAAGAUCAAGAAUUGGAAUAUAUAUUGGCUAAGAUUCUAAGUAGCAUUUUUCAAAAUGUUACUAAAUAAUAAAGUCGGCAGGAUGGUGUACUAUAACAUUUUAACUGUAUCAUAUUUUACAAGAAACGAUUUAUUUAUGGAUUAUACGAUAGAAGAAUAAACAGUUAAACUGUUAGGCAUUUCUCAGUUACGUUCGGCUCAGAGUAACUCGUUCAAAAAGUAAUAAUCAUAUUUUUUUUACUAUUACGACCACGUAGGUCGGUAACUAGAAUAGAUUGGAGCUCUCUACUAAUCCCGAAACUAGAAAAUAUUUUUUAUAAUUAUCAUGAUCGAAGAAUGAAGUAUUGCUAUUAUAUAAUCGAUAAAUUCAUUAAAUCUUAUUAAUAGUUGUCUUGAUUAAGACUUAGUUGUGGACCACCAUAGAUUCGAAUGGUUGGUUUUAAAGAUGAUAAUGCUGAGGCUUCUUAUAGAUAUUUUUAUAUAUCAGUAUUCCGCAAGUUUUUGAUUUUAGUUCUUAAGAUUUUAAUCAACAUUACUUAAAAGGACCCUUUAUGACAAGAAUUCUUACUUAAUUAUUAGAUUAUUUAGUUAAUCUCCUCUCCCCUUGUUUUUGUACGCCUAUUUUUAUGAAUUCCCUAAAUAUUAUUUAAACUAAUUUAUUGCAUUCACUGUGUUUUGCAUCAAUAUUUGCAUAAGACAUUUGGCAAUGAUUAUCUUAAUUUAUUGUUUUGACAUUGUACUUACAUUUUACUAGAUACAAGCUUCUUUUUUUUUUUUUUUUAAACAGUUAAUAUGUACGAUCAGGCACUGCGCAAAUGAUCAUUCCUUUUCUUUUUUUUUUUUCGCAAAUCAAGUAAUCUAUGAUGUACAGUUAUGCAGAUGGUCAGUGCUUUAGGUGCCUUCUCACACCUAGACCUUCUAUUUAUAUCCAUUUAUAGCGAUGGCAUAUUUACACGAAUAACAUGAUACGCACGUGCGUAUUUUCUUCAAAAGAAAUGUUACAUUGUUGACUAUUGCUAUUUGAAACAAUAUGAUCAAAGGAAAAAUGUUUACGAAGAACGAGCCAAGAUUAUUCAUGCACGUUCGUUUUUAAUUUUUAAUUUGAUUUACAUCGAUAAAUAUUGAUACGAUAUAGUUGCUGGAGUGCCUGAAUGGUCUCGGUUAAGGGAUAUCUAUAAUGAAUAUGUGUAUACGAGAGCCUCUAAAAAAAAUAAUUGUAUACUUAUCGAAGAGGGGUUUUUGCGUAACGAUUAAAAUAUUACCGAGAUACUGUUUGCUAAUCACAUAGCACUCUUCCGUCCAUCUGCAUGUUUUUGUUUUCGUCUUUAGUAGAAAUUUUAAGUCAUGUCUACACACAUCUAAUUUAAUUCAUAAGUAUAAUUAUUCGCAUUAGAAGCAUUCGAAACGCCAAAACCCCUUUCCCAUUGUACAUGAGUAUUAAUCUGAACUAAUCGACUGAGUAUUAUUUUUAUAUAGAACAUAAUAUUAUAAUGAAUAAUAAGGGAAAUUAAAAAUCAUGAAAAUUAUGUGAUGGAUAUGUAAAUGCGAAGUACAGAAAGAAAAUAAUAUGUAUAAAAGUAAUAGUGAUGGAAAAGUGCGAUACACUUUACGGUGUAUUCACUUUAUUCUGAUUUUAGUGACUGAUGACUAUGAGUGCCCUGGCAUAUUUUAUAUACGAAUCAUUAAAGAAACCACAGCGUUAUGAAGCUUUGAUCGAUUGAAUACUAACUUAUUUCAGCGAAGCACAUGAUGACAUAUCACCGUGCGUGGCGGUAUAUGCAAAAUAGUAAUAGCGAAAAUUUACUUUUCUAUCCACGAUUUACGCGAUAAGUUAAUUCAGGCUAAAGGCCAGCAGCUGUUGAGAUUAUUCAAGGUUGUGUGUAUUAUUAUAAGUAUUUUGAAUUGUUGAAUAGUAAUAAUGUAAGUGACAGUUUGUAUGGUACAAUGCAUCCUACUUAAACUGUGCCCUCUUGCAGCAUAAGACGAAGCAUCGAACUGUACAAUUGUCUCAACUAUACAGAUCAAACAUUUUUUUCAAAUCCGCCCUUUAUGGUCGACUGCUCGGUUUAUUUCUUCUACCUCCUAUUUGCAAUUUCUUUCCCCGUUUCUUCUUCUCAUUUACCUCUCCUCAUUUAUCUUUCUCUCACUAUCUCUCUUUACUCUGGUUUUCUAUCUUUUCUCUCUCUAUCUCUCUCUCUCCCCCCCCCCCCUCCUUAUCGUAGUAACGAAGGAUAACUCUGUUAUAAGAUUUAUAAUCCUAUUUAUUGGGCUGCUAUGUGAUUUGUUAUACGUUAUAUACGCUAUUUUGAGAGAUCUUUUUAAUUGAAAUAUCUAAAUUCGAGCACGCCCUUCUUAUAAUCAUUAUUAUGUAAUGCAUUAUUAAAUUGCAUCAUUAUCAAAGAGUGACUAAUAAUCAUAACUAUUAUUUCCAGUCGAACUAAAAACCGCCUAAUUAUAAUAAUUUAACGUCUAAAGCGAAGCUACGUACGUAUUAUGUUGUUUGUUCUUUCUGCAUUCGAUUUUGUAUGAAUGUAUAAGCAGAGUCCAUAUUAGAAAUGUAUGACGAAACAGUGAAAAUGUAUAUUUAUAUACAUACAUUUGUCCUUUCCAUGAUCGAUAUGAUUCAAAAUCGUCGUUUCUUUUUUUCACAAAUGAAACACGAUGGUGGUUAUCAUAUAAAAUAGAUCGGAAAGGUUGAAUUUAAAACGAUGUUACAUUACCGAGAGGGCAUCUCGUACAAGGGCAUUGUUGUGAUACCAUAAAUACAGCUUCAUUAAAAUUUAAAUAAAAAAAAAAAAAAAAAUAAAAGAAAUAAUGCGUUUACAGUGUCUUUAUAAAAAAUAUAAAAAGAAAAAAAAAAGAAAAAAACUUUAUAUAUCCAAACCUCAAAACGUAAAGACAGGAAUUUUCUAAAGAUCUAUUUUAUUUAUAAUCUUGAUAGUUGUGUUUCAAUUGAAAUUCAAAAAGAAAUAUAUCAUUGUCAAUUA